CCAACACAAUGGACAACAAAGCGAUACGACUUCUUUAAACUAUCUCUAGCACUGGGGUUGCACAUGUUACAUCGUCUGCUACGAAGUCCACUAACAACUGCCCGUGCCUAGGCCUGCCGCUCGGGCCCUCACGUCGAUCCAUCCUUCUGGACCCAUCUCACGCCGCCUUGGCAGGAAUGUGGAGGCAAUCCACCAGGCUGUUGUUGGUUGGGACAACCCAGAGGCUACAACUCCUGAGUCCUGACAGCAACACUUCAGGGCAACCCCAUCGCAAUGGCUGAAAUAGAGGAGCCCCGGUUCACCACGCUGGCCGAGCGCAUUGCGGCUCUCAAUCAGCAAAAGAACUUCGAAGCCCCGCCGCCAAGUGCUGGCAAACGGGCUCCCCCGCCGCCGCCUCCCUUGCGCGCUGCUAGCACUGAGGUCUCGAACAAGACGACAUCUGCCAGCAGCGCUGUCGAAACGAGGCCUGCUAUCCCCCCACGGCCGACAGGGAGUAGUACAACAGGAAGAGCUCCACCCCCGCUUCCGCGUCGCACUCCUACAGAUCCUGGGAAUGGGGAGCAACCUUCGGCUCCCUUACCGGGCCGGCCCGUGCCUCCUCCGCUGCCGUCCCGGACCUCUCAACAGUCAACUCCGCCCCAGUUGCCCUCCCGCCGUCCUUCCGCCCAGACCCUUCCCGUCCGGAGAAAUUCAAACUCAUCAGACAUUUCCUCUAUAUCAACCGUGUCCGCCCCGCCACUGAACCUCAAAUCCUCUGCCUCCGGUGCUCCUUCAGAGACGCAAACGCUAAGGAGAUUACCGCCGCCGCUCGAACAGGCCAAGCUCCCGCCACUGCCGCCCACCCGGCGUGAGCUCGACGCAAAGGCGAAAGAGACCGCCGAAACCGCUCCCUCAAUUCCUCCGCGGCGCAUAGCCGAUCCUCCAAGGCCUUCUGUGCUCCCUCGACUCCCAUCCAGGCCACCUAAUGCACCCGAGCCUGUCCAGCCCCAAGAGUCAUCCCCAGCUAUCCCACCACGGAGGCUACCGCCUCCACCGUCGAGCUUCCGUACCAAGUCUACUUUGGAAAACGGCUUCGGCUUUGAUGCUCCCCCCCCCGUCCCCUUGAACUCACGUCCCACCCUGGCCCAGAUCGACGCGGUAGCAUCCCGCGUCGUCUCGACUCCACCUCCUCCCCCUCUCCCACCCAAACCAUCCAGCGACAUAAGCGUCGGCGGCGGCUCCUGCCUCACCUGCCGCGAUUUCUCCGCCCCCGACAGGGUCGCCGCGCAGCACCCCAUCUCGUCCCUCCCGCGCAGCGACCCGAUCGGCCACCUCGCGCGGGUGCUGUGCGGGCCGUUCGCCUCGGCCACAGACAAGGCGCGCGCCAUCUUCACGUGGUGCCACCACAACAUCCUGUACGACGUGGACGGCUUCUUCAACAACUGCAUCCCGCGGGGCCAGACGCCCGCCGACACCAUCUUCAGCGGCAAGGCCGUGUGCGAGGGGUACGCGCGCGUGUACGAGGCCGUGGCGUCGCGGGCCGGGCUGGCGUGCGCCGUGGUGACGGGCCACGGGAAAGGGUUCGGCUUCUCGCCGCUGCGCAAGGGCCAGCUUUGCCCACCGCGCAACGCGACGGGCCACGCGUGGAACGCGGUGCGCAUCGACGGCGGCGAGUGGAAGCUCAUCGACGCCUGCUGGGGCGCGGGGUCCAUCGCCCAGGACCAGCGCAGCUACGACCAGCACUUCUCCCCGGAGUUCUUUACCAUGUCCAACGAGCACUUUGGCAGCCGCCACUACCCGGCCGACGACCGCCACUGGUACCGCGCCGACGGCCGCUGCCCCUCGUGGGAGGAGUACAUGGUCGGUCCCCUUGGCGGCGACGAGCCGGCGAUGUGGCUGGGCGACGCGACGAAUGAGGGGCUGGAUCAGUUCAAUUUUGCGCCGGCGCAAAAGAGCAUCGCCGUGUACGGCGGCCAGAAGGUGGUUGGGUUCAGGUUUGCAAAGAUUUGUCCGCAUUGGGAUCCUGAACGGAACGGGAGGGGGAAGCAGAUGUUGUUCGUGCUCAAGAUUGGGGGCGUGGAUGGAAGGAAGGAUGAUCUGCUCCCUCUGGAGUACGACGGGUUCUGGUAUUACAUCGAUGUCAACGCGCGGGAGCUGGGUGCGCCGGGCCAGACGGUGUCGUUGGUUGGCUUCACCGAGAUGGAUGGGCGGAGUGCAAGGGGCUUGACCAAGGACGAGUGGUUCAGGAAGAAGGGGCGUGUCGGGUUUAGCUAUGCGAUUCUGGUUAGGUGGGAUUUGGUAUGAGGAGCGAGGAGUGCAGCGGGUUCUAUACCCCAGGCUCCCUACAUUGAAUGAUUAGAUAUAUACCUUUAUAGAAUAUGUUCGAGAAGCAAGGCCUCAG